UCAGUGGUAUAUGUAACCGCCUCCCGCCCGCCAUAUAGUACAAUGACGGACGCAAGGCGGUUCUCUCGUUCUGGGAGGACAUCAUAUGACAUCAUAUGCACAGCGCGGCAAUCGGCGGUGCGCUGUGUCCGGAUCACGAUCCACGGAAAGAGCCAAAGAUCACUGAUGAUCAGUGUGCCCUGAUGAUCAGUGUAGCCCCAGCAGCGCCACCUGUCAGUGUCCAUCAGUGCCAGCUCUGUGCUCAUCCAUGCCACCCGCCAGUGCAACAUUUCAGUGCCCAUCAGUUCCACAUCAAUGCCACAUAUCAGUGCCCAUCUGAGCUGCCUUUCAGUGCCAGUCAGUGCAGCCUAUCAGUGCCACCUAUCAGUGCCAGUCGAUGCUGCCUAUCAGUGUGCAUCAGUGCCGCCUAUCAGUGCCCGUCAGUG